GAGUAUAAGCGGGAGGUAAACAGAGAGAGCACAACUCAACUAACCGUCGGCGGAGCGGGGCUCUUCAGCUGUUAAUCGUGUGCUCGAGCGAUCAACCGACCUUUUAUCCUAUACAACUAUUUAUUUCCGACUUCAGCUACAGUGAUAGCUAAGUUUGGAAAGGAGGAAAAGGGAGAAACGCGGUGUCUUUUUGUCGCUGAUAGUGAGACCCAGCUGGAGCCGCGGUCCACCACAAAUCACAAAGAGAAGACAGCGUAAACAGAGAUAUUCACUCGGUCAUUUCUGCCAUUCACACAGCUUUACCAUGGAUAACUCUGGACCCAAGAAGACAUGCUGUGAGUCUGUCCGGGACUUCUUCACUUCAGCCAAAUUCCUUAUUUACAUGGGACAUGCCCUGUCUACAUGGGGGGACCGAAUGUGGAACUUUGCCGUGGCGGUGUUCCUGGUGGAGCUGUACGGGAACAGCCUGCUGCUCACGGCCGUGUACGGGCUGGUGGUGGCCGGCUCCGUGCUGCUGCUGGGGGCCAUCAUUGGGGACUGGGUUGACAAAAAUCCCAGACUUAAAGUGGCCCAGACUUCGCUGCUCGUCCAGAACAGUUGUGUUAUCGUGUGUGGGAUCCUCCUCAUGGUUGUUUUCCAGUUCAAAGAACAGCUUGUGGAGCUUUACAAUGGAUGGAUUCUGACCACGUGCUACAUUCUGGUGAUCAGCGUCGCCAACAUUGCAAACCUAGCCAGCACGGCCACGGCCAUCACCAUCCAGAGGGACUGGGUGGUGGUGGUGGCGGGGCAGGACAGCAGCACGCUGGCAGACAUGAAUGCCACCGUACGGAUUAUCGACCAGCUGACCAACAUCCUGGCCCCCAUGCUGGUGGGUCAGAUAAUGGCCUUCGGCUCUCCUUUCAUUGGCUGCGGCUUCAUCGCAGGCUGGAACCUGUGCUCCAUGUGUGUGGAGUACGCGCUGCUGUGGACGGUCUACCAGAAGACGCCGGCAUUGUCCAUGAAGGGCGGACAGAAAGAGCAGCAGCAGGAGCUCAAACCGCUCAGUCCCCCCAAAGAACUGGAGAAUGGCCAGAGUCCGGAGGAGGCCUCCCAGCCGCUGAUGAUUGAAGCCUCCAUGGUGAAUCCCGGGGCCCCAAAGCAGCGCAGCUGUUGCUACCAGGCGAGCGAGCCGCUGCGCACCCUGAGGGCCGGCUGGGUGGCCUACUACAACCAGAACAUCUUCUUUGCCGGCAUGUCCCUGUCCUUCCUCUACAUGACGGUGCUGGGCUUCGACUGCAUCACCACGGGCUACGCCUACACGCAGGGCCUCAACGGCUCCGUGCUCAGCCUGCUGAUGGGGGCCUCGGCUGUAGCGGGCAUCUGCGGCACCGUCGCCUUCACCUGGGUCCGCAAGAAGUGCGGCCUUAUCCGCACAGGCUUAAUCUCCGGCACGGCCCAGCUGUCCUGCCUCAUACUGUGUGUGGUCUCCGUCUUUGCUCCCGGGAGCCCCCUCGACCUCAGCGUUUCGCCUUUCCAGGACAUAUACUCCCACCUGAUGGGGGAGACGGUGCUGCCUGAGGCCGAGCACUCCCUCACCAGCCUCCUCACUGCAGUCAACGCCACCACUGCUGCCCCCGCUGAAGAGCUGCCCCCCCUGCAGUCCUACAUGUCUGUCAGCCUUCUGUUUGCUGGAGUCAUCGCUGCUAGAAUUGGCCUGUGGUCUUUUGACCUGACAGUGACCCAGCUCAUCCAGGAGAAUGUGAUGGAGUCGGAGCGCGGCGUGAUCAACGGCGUCCAGAACUCCAUGAAUUACCUCUUAGACCUGCUGCACUUCAUCAUGGUGAUUCUGGCCCCCAACCCAGAGGCUUUCGGCCUGCUCGUCAUCAUCUCUGUGUCCUUCGUGGCCAUGGGUCACGUCAUGUACUUUGGAUUUGCCUUCAAGAGCCUGGGCAGCCGCCUCUUCCUCUGCUGCUCCCCGGAGCAGAAGGUGGAGGAGGUGGAGAGCCCCUCCCUUCCCACCACCGUCUAACCCCACUGAAGACACUCUGUCCUGGGUACAUAUCUCUCAAACCUAACCGUACCCCUGCUGCAUCGUACCAAACUAACAUCUUAGCUUGGAGCUAGCACAAUGCUAACCAUAUAAAGGUAACUUAACAUGCUAUGCAUACUGUAGCCAUUAAUCAUUAGUAGAAGGAGGUGAGUAGAAAGCUAACAGUCAUAGAAAAGUAUUCUUUAGUAAACCUUUGGAUUAUGUGGGGGUCCCUGCUCUUGGAUACACACAUGUACUGUCAAACAGGGAUCCAUCACUUCUAGGCUCGCGACCCAAAUGUGGGUGCUGUUAAAGAAAUCAGAGGACUAUAAAACAGUGUCCCCUGACAGCCUGCAUCUACCUGCACAGGUGCUAACUGCUGGAAUGCAGAAGGAAGGAGUGUUGCAGGGAAGAGCUUUCACUAAUGCCAUCAUACACUUUGCCUCUCAGAUUAAAGGGGGGCCAUAUCUGUAUGAGACCCCUAAGGGGAGAAGGCCCCCCCCCCUCGUUGUCUGACACUUUGCUACUCAGUGACUUCAUUGGUGCUGUAGCUGUGUCUUUGAUAGCCUAGCUUCCAUGUUCUUGUAUGAUGAGCAGCCUGUGGAUCUUCUCUCUUUAAUACUUCUGUAUAAGGGUUAUGCAGUUAGCUGUAUUUAUUCAGGACAUACAGAUGGUGUUUUUUUAUAAUUAUCGUGUCAUCAGUAUUUUGUUGUGCCAUAAGUAAUAAUAAUAAUCCUAUGCAUCCUUGUCAACAGCUCUCUCAGUUACCAAAGUCAAAAUGUGGCAUAGAAGGAAGUGAGGGAAAGCAGAUCUCUGUCUGCAGCAUUCCAAACACAUACUUUACUUCAGGUGAGAGUAGUGGUGUAGCCUCAUGAAUGCUUUCAUACACCCUGGAUAUGUCUAACCUGCUCUGAGAUUGUAAUUACAUUUCAGAUAGUUUACAUUAAUAGUGUCACCUUUUUAAUUGUUAUUUUCUCUUGAGUAAUUUUUCAAUCGUGAUUGUUGUUACACAGGCACUUUAAGUGAUUGACAUCUGUCAUUACACCGAGCGCGUGAUCAGGCAUUUGAUCAAUAUUUUUGCACAAGGCUGAAGUCCUGAACCCAUUAACCCCCGCACAAUCUUUUUUGAAUCACUUAUGUCUCUCUGUCAGUUUGCUCAGGCGCCGUGCAGGGACUGUGGUCAAAAUAAUGGCACAUUGAAAGCGUUUUGAGGAAAUACUGCAGAGUUGACCUCAGACACCCCCACCCAGUCAGCCAACGCUCAGCCGCUGGACCUGCAGCCGUAUCGCUGCCAGCUUCAUGUUUAAGUUCUGACAGUUAACAUCUUUGGCCUAACUCGAACAUUCAUUUCAGUAGUUCUUCUGAAAGUUUGUGGCUUUUUGCAUACCUCUUCUCUUGUGAGGUGAUUUUGUUAAAGAACAACUGAAAAUCUGAAAUCUCAGACAUUUGGAAAGUAGCUUUCAAGAGAGACUACUGUUGUUAGCGUUUACUAAACAGUUGGCCACAGUAGAUACCUAUGACAAAUACAGGAUAAUGAUAAUACAGUCAUAAUGACAGCAAUAUCGAGCUGAGCUUUUCCAACAUUAGCUAACAUUAGCCGAGUAAGGCUUUAGCUGCAAAAGCCCUGCAAGCACUGUACUGCUUUUGAAUUCAACUUUUCUUUAAUAAGUGAAUUGACCUGAGCUCACUUGAUGUUAACUAAUGUAGCUGACACUAGUUCCUCUCCACCUCUGAUUCCCGCUGCCUUAUUGUAAAUGAGCCUUGACAGCUGUUAAACGCACACGAGUGGCUUCUUCCAGACCAGCCGCACCCUACCAGUGAAAAAUCUAGGCAGGAUUUGGGUAAUGAUGUGGAGAAAUAUUGGUGUUGGAACCAGAGGCAGCGAGCAGGAGAACAGAAGGCCUCUUCAGCUGCAGAUGCUGAGUCAGGGCGUCUGCAGGUGCAUGGAACCCAGCUCUAUAAAAACAGCUCUUGCUUCGGCUGAUUCAGGAAUAUCUCACAUUGACAUUGUUCUCAAGUUUUUAUGUAAAUAACUAUAUUGGUCAGUCAAUAUAAAUAUACAUUAGAAAAUGCUAAAUAUAUAUAUAUAUAUAUAUAUAUAUAUAUAUAUAUAUAUUGUGUUUACUGUUGUCUGGAAAUGCUGACCUUUUUUUACAUGUUUUUAUACACCACGGCAAGAUUUUUUUUUAAAAGAUUUAUCAAAUGUGUGCAUAAAGCAUUUACUUUCUUUCAUUUGAAUGCAUCUGUAAAAUACUGCUUUAAUGUGAUUAUAUACAUAUAUUUCUCUUUUUUAUAUAUACAGUAUUUCAGUGUUAUUGUAGUUGAAUAGAAUAGCGUGAAAUCAGUAAGAAAUCAUUUAUGUAAUGAUCGCACUCCAAGGUCGUUGGUACUGCUUGUAAUGCAUCAGAUCUCCUAAAUAAAGAAAACCUUCACAAC